UAAACACGUCACAACAUGGCUGCCUCUUAUCCAAGAAAAUGCACAACAAUCAUAUUUAAAAAGCUGAAAUAUGUCAUAUACAUUUUUUGCAUCGUGCAGAAUAAAUUUGUUUAGUUUAAAAACGCGGUGUUAUUAAAAAAAUAGUGGGCCACUCAAAAGCUUGGGUAAAAGACUCUAAACAGACAUCUGUUAUGGUUAUUUCACUCUGAAAAGAGCACAGUCAUACCGUACACACAUAAACAUACAAGCUUAAAUGUCUCUACAACAAUGCUUAGUUUUCUUUAUGCCAGGCAAUCAGGGCAUGACGACCCAGUUCGUGUGAGACGUGCACUCUUUAUAAGGGUGCUGAGUCUGUAGUUGAACCACAACAGAGAUGUUGAUCGCAUUCAUGGCACCCUGGACAUUGAGGUUACUGAUGGAAGAUAUAUGUUGUCAGGCGGAUCUGAUGACGUAAUUGCGAUCUAUGACUUGGAAAACAACAGCAAGAAGCCUCGAUACACUUGCAAAGCAAUCUGCACAGUGGGCAGGACAGUAUGACACCAUUCUUGUUCAGUGAUCCAGUGACCACCAGAUGGCACUAUAAUAUUUUCUGAUUUUAAUGUAUGUUUGUUUGUUUGUAGUAUGUAUGUUAUGUGUGGCUUUCACAUCUCUGUGAAGGUCCAGGCAUGUGCAUAAAUUCAGUGUUGAAACAUGACACUGGUAUGUGUGUAUCCAGUUCAUUCGACAAAACCAUGAAAGUCUGGAACACAGAAACUCUAAAGGUGUGUCUAUGUGUGUCCAUCAUUUUUUUUUAGUUUUUUUUUCUUUCCUUAUAUUUAUAACAAUAUUUAGUAUGUGUGUAUAUCCACAUAUUGCUAAAUUUCACUUCUGGUUAGUUGCUAACUGGAUUUCAUUGGCUCUGUCCUUGCACAAUAAAAGCAACGUUGAAUCUAAUCUAAUCUAUAAAAAUACAUGACCACCUGCUUUUACACAGUCCACAAAGUCCCCACAGUUUUUUUCAUAAAUGUGAUUUAGCAAAUUACCCAACAACUGAAAGCAGUAUGCUAUUGUGGAACCACCAAACUGCUCAAACAGUGGCUCUUCUGUGGUGUCAAAUGUCCCUUUUAUGUUGGCCCUUCUGGUAUUUGCAUUGUAACAGACACACAGGAAUGGUGCUCAAGCAACAUUCAAUGCCUUCGGCUCCCUUAAGCAAAUCUAACAUGAGUGUAGUUAUAUAUGUGUAUUUCCCUUUCAAAAUAUUAUUUAAUCACAUUAAGUAUUACUGCAUAUGAUUGAUUAUUUAUUUAUUCGUUUAUUUCAGCCAGCUGAGUAGUUCCAGUUUGAUGGUAAUGUUUACUGCCAUCACAUGUCUCCUAUAGACAGGAAGCACAGUCUUGUAGCAGUUGGUACCAAAGACCCCAAAGUGCAGCUUUGUGAUCUGAAGUCUGGGUCGCGCAUCCACAUCCUUCAGUCAAUGACAGUAGGGUUCGUGUCUGGGAUGUGAGAAGAGCCUCUGGAGUCUUUUUACUUUGGACCAGCGCAAUGGAGACAAAUCCAAGGCCUCGUCUGAAGCAGUCUUGAAGGAGUUCCCCGAGAGAUGCUUAGCACUUGUUGGUCCUUUUGCCUUCUAUCUGCGGUCCAGCUCACCCCAAACCAUCUUGAUUGGGUUCAGGUCCGGUGACUGUGGAGGCCAGGUCAUCUGGAGCAGCACCCCAUCACUCUCCUUCUUGGUCAAAUAGCCCUUGAUGCCUUCAGUGUGACUCUACAAUUUUCAUAGUCAUGAAAAUAAAGAAAACUCUUUGAAUGAAAAGUGAACACAGCACACAAUGGGCGAGUGAAUGGAUUGUGCUCCACAGCUGACGGACUUCAUCUCCUCACUGCUGGGACAGAUGAUCGCAUGCGCCUAUGGAACAGUGCCACAGGGGAAAACACAUUAGUGAACUAUGGGAAAGCCUCAAAUUUACCAUAUCGAGGGGUUGCAGUCAGGAGUUUGCGUUUGUGCCGUGUGGCAGAUCAGUAGCGGUGUACGGGCUUCACUCGGGAGAACUGAUCACUAUGUUGAGAGGACAUUAUAAUGACGUUGACUGCUGCUCUGACCAUUGUCAGUGAUGGCGUUCUGUGAGUUCACAUCCACAGUUGCACAGCUGUAUGACAAGUGGAUGGAAGAUGCAGACCCCAGGUCAGAAGACUGGCUGCUCAUGUCCUCUCCGCUGCCCCAAACACUUAUUAUUGCAUUUUACAUCUACUUUGUGAUGUCACUGGGGCCCAGGUUAAUGGAGAACCGGAAACCGUUUGAUCUGAAGAGGUUCCUCGUCAUCUAUAAUUUCAGCGUUGUGGCUUAUUCUGUUUACAUGUGUUAUGAGUUUGUGAUGUCAGGCUGGGGAACCGGGUAUUCAUUCGGCUGUGAACUAGUAGACUACUCUCGAUCGCCAAAAGGCAUGAGGAUGGUAUGGACUUGUUGGCUCUAUUUCUUCUCCAAGUUUAUUGAGUUGAUGGACACAGUUUUCUUUGUGCUGAGAAAAAAGCACAAUCAGGUGACCUUCCUACAUGUCUUCCAUCAUUCCAUCAUGCCUUUCACUUGGUGGUUUGGAGUCCGGUUUUCUCCAGGUGGUUUGGGGACGUUUCACGCUCCUCUAAACUGCAUCGUUCAUGUCAUCAUGUAUACAUACUAUGGAUUGUCAGCUCUGGGUCCUAAAUACCAGAAGUUUUUAUGGUGGAAGAAGCAUUUGACUUCAAUACAGCUUAUCCAGUUUGUCAUCAUAACCUUACAUAUUAGCCAGUACUUCUUCAUGAAAGACUGUCCCUACUCAUACCCCAUAUUCAUCUACAUCAUUGCUCUGUAUGGCAUCAUCUUCCUCCUCCUCUUCCUCCACUUCUGGUACCACGCAUACACAAAAGGCAAAAGGCUUCCUAAAGUCCUGCAAAACACAACCAUGCAACAGAGCAACGACAUACACCACAAGAAAGAAUAACUGGUGCUGUGUGACUAACCAGUCAGCACUGACAAUCUACCUAAAGCCGCCUUUUCGCUACAUUUUUAUAAGACUGUUUAUACGUAGACCAUAUCAUUUAUCUUGAUGCCCUGGGAAAAAACAUUAUUGGGCAGACUGUGUGUUGCAGUCUGGGCUGGAUCUUGCCUUUUACCCUCAGCUGGGCACUUGAGUUGAACUCAGGCUGCUCCUGCUUCUACUCAUUUUCCUCAUUGUUUUUUUGCAUACUGACGUGUUUCCCGAUUCUAUUUAAUGAGAUGCGAGUCAGUACCUCCAAGCUCCUCACUCAUGGCAUUCACAUAGUUUUUAUUGCAGUUUUAGACACCAUUUGUUGUGUGUUUAUAUAUUUAUGUUCCUGUUUAUGGCAAUAUGAGUAAAUACAAUGAAAAAAGAAGUGUUGGCAACUUUUGCAUAUUAAUGUGCCUUUUACCCUUCACAUGUGACAUUGUGUGAAUGGUAGCAGUACUGCAGCUGUCCUUGAAGGAACCAAUGCAUUGAUCUCAUCUUGCAUUAUUGGUGAAGAAUGACAUGUAUUUGGUUACCUUUUUUAUUUUAUAUAUAAUGUCAUCAUGAAUGUCUUGGGAUGUUUUUUUGGGGGGAUAGGUGCUUAAAUUUUAUACAAGGAAAAGUAUUAUGUUAAUUAACUUUUAGAUAUUUAUGCAAAAAUUGCUGUAUUCACUUAAGUUGGUGGGUUUUUUAUUGUAUUUUUUUUAACUGCAUUUUCUAAUGGACUGGCUAUACUUUGAGGCAUUUGACCCCGGCAGUGAGCUGUUUAUCUUUAUGUAAAUAGUAGUCUGUUGUAUGUCUCCAUUGAGGGCUGUGUUUGUUUUAAAUAUAGAUGCAAAAUUACCCACUUAGAUCUAAUUUUCUAGAAUCUGUCUUCACCAUGAGAAUACAGCUCCCCUAUGUGGAGGAAAAUGUAGUAACAGUCAAGGGGCAAAAAUUUAUAUCUGGGAAAUAUUUUGUAUAUUUUUUAAAUAAACACACAAUAAACCUAAAUGAAUUUG